AUGCGGCCAUUUAACAUUUCGCCACCACCAACCAAGCAGCGGAAGUUCCUCAUGCAGUUCCCGUUGCCUCGCAACAUCUUCCCCGUGGUGGAGCUACCACUUGAGCAAGUCCAAACACUCGAGAACAACGCAACUAGCGUGGUGCGUGAAAUUCGCGAUUACUACUACGACUUCUUGACGACGCACCAUGAACGAGUUGAUCUGAGCGAGUGGAAGAAGCUCACUACAAGCUCGGUGUCUCUCAUGCUGGCAGUCGGUAGUUUGGAUGGCACUGUCGAGGACUGUAUGCUCGGACUGCAAACGCCUACAAGCCAGAGGAUGCAGCUCAAGUCUGCCAUGCCCUCACCGUCUCAGCCGUUCCACGAGGUUGCUGUCAAAUGGGCAGUUGAGGCUCAUCCGUUCCUGGUUGGGACUGUUAUGAGGGUGAGAGACAUCGUAUACCUCGAGACGACGGGCUUUACGACUAUCACGGGGCCGGACGGAGCUAAACAGCCUCUGGGGUAUCACCUGAAGCAUUCUAUUGACCUCCCAGACGUCCACGAGCUGACGGAGUUCGGUAUUGUGCGAGCUAGACUGUCGUACUGUUACCUCUAUCGACAGCGCUCCGAGCGCGUCGUCGACGUAUUUCUUCGGGGAUUCGUGUGUGCCAUGGGGGACGCACCGGAGUCUCUCGUGGUCUCGACAGUCACUGAGAUCGUCAUGUCCAUCCCCAAGAACCUCGAGUGCGCCAAGAUGUACAAGCUGGCGUAUCUGCUCAAACGCGCCACCCCUCCAUUAAAGUCAAGUGGAAGCUGUAAGGAGUGUUCACUAUGCAAACGCACCGUGAAACCCGCGGCGCCUGGAGACAUCCACAAGAUCUGUUGCGUCUGCUGCGCGCGCGUGUGCUCGAGCUGCCGAGUUGUCCACAAGAUGCUCAAGGUGUCGCCCUACAAGCCAGGCGUGACCUCGGAGAAGAUGACGUUCUGUGUGCGCUGUGUACGCACAGCAUCGGAGAUCAGCGCAGCACUCGUUGCAGCCCACUCAGUACGAGACGCGGAUGCAGACGCGCUACCAGAACACGGGUAG